CUUAAUUACAACUUCUUCUCCUCUCCUCUCCUCCUGUCUCCUGAGUAUUGCAUCCUCCUUCUUUCCCUUCUCCUUCCAUUAUGUCUGCCUCGUGUUCGGCGCUGAGACGGCUGACCCACAGGUCUCCCCGCACUUUGCCAUCCCGCAUCGUCUCCGUCUCCAGGCCCUCCUCCCGCAUUGUCGCUCGCAACUCCUUCACCAAAGCCGUCAACCCUUGUGCUCCCCGAGUUUCACAAUUCUCGACAAUGACUGUCCUUCAGCACGGUGCUCCCUCUGCUCCGACAGAGAGGAGCUAUGAUCCCGAGAUCAAGGAUAUGGCUGAUUAUGUUCACAACUACAGUGUGAACUCUGAUUUGGCGUAUGACACUGCCCGUCUGGUCUUCCUCGACACGCUGGCUGUUGGGCCCGUUGUUGAGGGCACUGUUGUUCCUAACGGUACCCGUGUCCCUGGUACUCCCUACCAACUUGACCCUGUCAAUGGUGCCUUCAACAUUGGUGCCAUGAUCCGGUGGCUUGACUACAAUGACUGCUGGCUUGCCGCCGAGUGGGGUCACCCCUCCGACAAUCUGGGCGGUAUUCUCGCUGUCGCUGACUGGAUCUCCCGCACCAACCGUGCCGGAGGUAACCUCGGAAAUGGCAAGAUUGUGAAGGUCAAGGAAGUGCUGGAGGCUAUGAUCAAGGCCCACGAAAUCCAGGGUGUUCUGGCCCUGGAGAAUUCCUACAACAGGGUCGGUCUGGACCACGUUGUGCUGGUCAAGGUUGCCACCACUGCUGUGGUUGCCAAGAUGCUCGGUCUCAACGAGAAGCAGACCGCUGAUGCCAUCACCCAGGCUUGGGUGGACGGCCAGAGUCUCCGUACCUACAGACAUUCCCCUAACACCAUGUCCAGAAAGUCGUGGGCUGCUGGUGAUGCUUGCCAGCGUGCUGUUAACCUUGUUCUAAAGGUCCAGAAGGGCGAGGGCGGUGUUCCCACUGUCCUAUCCGCCCCCGUCUGGGGUUUCUAUGAUGUUCUGUUCAAGGGCAACAAGUUCAAGUUCCAGCGCCCGUACGGCAGCUACGUCAUGGAGAACGUUCUCUUCAAGGUUUCCUACCCAGCCGAGUUCCACUCACAGACCGCCAUUGAGUGCGCGCAGAUUAUCAACAGGAAGCUGGCAGCUAUGGGCAAGAGCGCCAAGGACAUCAAGGAGAUCACCAACCGGACCCAUGAGGCUUGCAUCCGGAUUAUCGACAAGCAGUUCAAGGCUAUGGACAACUUUGCGGACCGUGACCACUGUGUUCAGUACAUGGUUGCCACCAUGCUGGCCUUCAACCGCCUGACCGCCGAGGACUACGCUGACGGCUCCGAGGCUGCCACCUCACCUCUGGUUGAGGACCUGCGCAAGCGCAUCCGCUGUGUGGAGGACCCCCAGUUCACCCGUGACUACCACGACCCUGCCAAGCGCACCAUUCCCAACGCUCUGACCGUUACCCUGAACGACGGCACCGUUCUGGAGGAGGUCGUUGUCGAGGCUCCCCUGGGACACCGCUUCAGACGUGAGGAGGCCAAGCCCGAGAUUGUGUCCAAGUACAAGCGCCACCUGGAGGCCCACUUCGACCAGACCCGUAUUGACGAGCUUCUGAAAGUUGGCUUGGACCGUUCUUCUCUGGAGAACUACGAUGUUGACAAGUACGUUGACCUCUAUGUCAAGGACAAGAUGGUCGCCGCUGCUCAAUAAUUGUGUCAAAAUUAGAAUUGAUUUUAGCAUGUUAUGUCAUUAUACGAAAAGGUUUCUGGUCCUAUACGAUAGCAGAAGAAUAGAUUUUCUUAGCAUACCAG